UCAGCGCACGCAUGCGCACUCGCUCCCUUUCUCGUGCCAAUAACAAUCAUUGAAAACGAACAGCAAUCCCCGAAGAUUGUUACUUCAUCAGGCCUUUAUUUCCAACAAAUCGAGCCGAACAUGGCAGAAUUACGCCACCGAGGAGCGACGGAUAAAGAACCGCAGCAUCAAAACUUGGAGGAUAAGGGCUCUGAAACCGAGGGAAAGGAGAGAGACGGAGCCUCGGACAAUGAGACCAAGUCAGACUCUGGGGUCCCUGAGGUUCCUGUUUCUGCUGAUGACACACCAGAGGUUCUCAACAAAGCCCUCUCUGGCCUCUCCUCGCGAUGGAAGAACUGGUGGGUGAGGGGCAUCCUCACGCUGGCUAUGAUCUCCUUCUUCUUCAUCAUUAUUUAUCUCGGCCCGAUGGUGCUGAUGAUGAUUGUGCUGUGUGUUCAGAUCAAGUGUUUCCAUGAGAUCAUCACAAUUGGUUACAGCGUCUAUCACUCUUACCACCUGCCCUGGUUCAGAACACUAAGCUGGUACUUCCUGUUGUGUGUGAACUACUUCUUCUAUGGUGAAACGGUGGCAGAUUAUUUCUCCACACUGGUGGAGAGGGAGGAUUCUCUACGCAUCCUCAGCAAAUACCACCGCUUCAUUUCCUUUGCCCUGUACCUCACAGGGUUCUGCAUGUUUGUUCUGAGCCUGGUGAAAAAACACUAUCGCCUGCAGUUCUACAUGUUCGGCUGGACUCAUGUGACCUUGCUGAUUGUGGUGACUCAGUCCCACUUAAUCAUUCAUAACCUGUUUGAGGGGAUGAUCUGGUUUAUUGUGCCCAUCUCCUGUGUUAUCUGUAAUGACAUCAUGGCUUACAUGUUUGGCUUCUUUUUCGGUCGCACCCCUCUCAUCAAGUUGUCUCCUAAGAAGACGUGGGAGGGGUUUAUCGGUGGCUUCUUCUCCACUGUUGUUUUUGGAAUCCUACUGUCCUACGUGAUGUCAGGUUACCGCUUCUUUGUGUGUCCUGUGGAGUUUAACAAUGACUCCAACAGUUUCACAGUAUACUGUGAGCCAUCUGAGCUCUUCCAGCUUCAGGACUACGGUCUGCCGCCUGUCCUGCAGUCCAUCACGGGCUGGACCACAGUGAAGUUAUACCCAUUCCAGAUCCACAGCAUUGCCUUGUCAGCAUUUGCCUCCAUCAUGGGACCUUUUGGAGGGUUUUUCGCCAGUGGCUUCAAAAGGGCCUUCAAAAUCAAGGACUUUGCAAACACCAUUCCAGGUCAUGGAGGAAUCAUGGAUCGUUUCGACUGUCAGUACCUCAUGGCCACAUUUGUAAAUGUUUACAUCGCCAGCUUUAUAAGAGGGCCAAACCCUUCUAAAGUCAUCCAGCAGCUUCUUGCUUUGAGACCAGACCAACAGCUGCACAUCUUUAACUCGCUCAAGGCUCAUCUGACAGAGAAAGGCCUGCUCCCUGCCCUGGAAGCAGCAGCCUAGCUUUCCGGACCACGGGAGAUGAGAUGAGAUGAGAUGAGGAACACAAGGAGGGAAACAACGGAGAACUGAACCACAACCUUGGGUCAUUCCAUUUUCUGUGUGUGUACAAUUCAGUGUUUUUGCUUAUUUUAUUUUUGUGAAUGUUUCAUGUUUAUCUCUUACACCACAAAAGAAUAUUAUAUAUAUUAAGAUGACGUCGUUGUUACAGUUUCUUCGAGCUGUCCGAUUCCACUUGUGUGCCUAUAGAUGGUCUGAAUAUUUUAUAGUGUUCGUUAUGUUUUAUUUUGUUUUAAUGCACUGCUCAUCACACUGUCAUUUCAACCUCAGGCUAGUCUUUGUUUCCAUAUUCCAUCAUAGUCUCAAAAAAGAUUGUAUUUCCACUGCAUAGUGCCGUAUUCAUAUUUGUUUUCAUGUUCUUGGGUUUUGAGGUUUAUGUCACAUAUAUUUAAGAGAAUUGUGGUCAUUGCUAUUAAAUGUGUGCUUCAGCCCCGUCAGUGGUGACUGUUACAGUUCAGCUGUGAGACUGUAUUCAGAUCUCAAUAUUCAGCGUUUGAGAGGAAUUUUAUUUCACAUCAGACUAGAAUUUGAAGUUUAUUACAAAGAAACGGUCCCUGUAAGCCAAACAAAUAGGAAGUAACUUUAAUAAGAAUUACAUUGUCAGUAGUUAAUAAUAAUUGUUACUCCGUGACCAUUUGGAGAUGUGACAAAACGCACUGAAUUUAAGAAUUACUGUUUGUGGUCUAAAUCAUACUUUUAUCAUUUUUAGUUUUAUUUUAAUGUUCUGUUGUCACUAAGCAGUUACAAGCUGAUCUUAGUCAAGCUUUGUGUGUGUGUGUGUGUGUGUGUGUGUGUGUGUGUUGUUUUGGUGCGUGUUUGUGAUCUGUUACAUGCUAAAGGGGAAGGAUCAGGGUGGACCAUAAAAUCUCACUGACUGUUGGUUUUGAAUUUAUUCAGUUUUGUACCAUUUUCACUGCAUGAGACAGUGUCUCUUUUAUUUUAUAUCUGUAUUUCAUCAGUUUUGUUUUUACCAUCAUCUGCAGUGUAAACUCAACCAAAAGAGGGUCAGAACUACAGUGUGUUCUGUUUAAGGUAUUUUGUUCCCCUCUAAUAUGUGCUGUCAUGAACACCUGUGCCAUAAACAAUAUUUUAAGAAAAUGAAACCUUAAUGGGUGUCAUCGAGCAGCUUUAAAAAGAGAAGUGUUAACAGGCUCAAGUUCACAAUCUGUACAAACAGUCCACUGCCAUACAACAAUAAAGAUCCAUGAGCUAUACUUUCAGACCUGUGUGUAUUUGACAAUGCUGAUGAACUGAUGGGCAAUUCAUAUUUUUACCCUUUUGUUUUUAAAUCUUAUUUAGCAUGUUUUCUUAGAUGCCCACAGGUCUUGAAGGAUAAAUAGGCAGCUUAUUACUACCUUACUAAUUUUUGUCUUGCUUUUGUUUAUGUAUAUGAUCUUGAUGGACAGCUCAAGCCAUACUAUCUCAAGUGAAGCACAGAGCAGUGACAUAACAAUAAUAAACACAGCGUCACAGCUGAAGAAUUAUGACCAUAAAUCCAUGUGUUUAAAUGUUUAACCCUUUGUGUUUUCACCAUCCACCAUCAAUGAAUGUUUUUAAUUUAUUUUUUUCAAUUCCAUAAACAAAACUUAAGUGUUAAGUGGUGCUUAAAGAUAUUUAAUACAUUAUGAGUUUGUAUCAUUGUACCUUUUUAGUUCAGCUCAAUGUCCUGAUUUUAUAGAGAGAAUUGCUUACAUUAUAUUGGAAUAUAAGAAUAUAUACUGUAUAUUUAUUUGAUGUAGAGAUGAUUCUAUUCUUAUUCUUUA